GCUAGUUCAGAUGGGCGGAAUCCAGAGCGCAUGAAGAUGUCUGACAACGCAGAGUCUCCAACUGAAACGCAAAAAGAAGAGUCACAAUCUCCGCCAGACGACUCGACGACGACCGAAGAGAAGAAAAAAAUUGAUGUGCUUUUGAAAGCAGUGGGAGACACUCCAAUAAUGAAAACAAAGAAAUGGGCAGUGGACAGAGGGAGGACGGUACAGUCUCUUGCUCAGUUCAUCGCUCGCUUCCUCAAGUUUGAUGCUAAUGAACAACUGCUCAUCUAUGUUAAUCAGUCUUUUGCUCCAUCACCGGAUCAAGACGUAGGAGUUCUCUUUGACUGUUUUGGCAGUGAUGGCAAGCUGGUUCUACAUUACUGUAAAUCUCAAGCCUGGGGUUAAUUUCUUACUACAUCUCAAUUGUGGAUCUCCUUGUCUUAAAUCCAACCUCCGAGUUUGCACAUAAUGUUGUUUUUGCUUCUUUGUCUUUGUUUUCUCAAAGUUUUUUAUGUACAUAAACAUUGUAAAUAAAUGAUCGUGACUA